AGGAAUUACACAAUCAACGCCAUAAACCCCAACGGUUUGCACCUCCCGCUGAGAGAGAGAGAGAGAGAGAGAGAGAGAGGAAUGACUGGAGCAUCAAGUGUAUUGCAGCUAUGGCAGAUUACUUCUACCAAAUAUCUACUUAGGAGCUCUAAAUUUUCUCAAGGUGUCUGUGUAAAAGCAGGAAUAACAAAACAUCCAAUCUCAUGCGUUUACAGACAUAUGCAGACUGUCACAUAUGAGGUUGUAAACGCAAGCUAUGUACCCACUCCCCAAGCUAAACAACAACAGAACGAAACCAUGGAAAAAGCCCCAGUAAAACUUGAAACUGUUGGGGCAUUUCAAAAGCUACCUAUGGUGAUGCCAUCAGUUGACAUAUUUUAUUCAGCACUGAGGAAGGCCAAAAGGGUCCCACCUACAAAAGGCAUUGCUAACAUUGCCAAGCGAGAAAGAAAUAAAGGUGCUAAGCAACUUGAUGCACUGAUGAAACAAUUGGCAGUUCCUUUAAGAGAGUAUUUGGAUAACUUCCCUAAAAGAAAAUAUUUACAUCCUUAUGAACGGUCACUUAUCGAGUUGACCCUCGGAGAAGGAAAUUAUGAAGAGGUGCUGAGAAAUGUAGAUGCUCUGAGGAAGAAGGUGGUGUCUGUUGGAAAAGAACAUGCUUCUGUCUGUGCAAAGUCUUCAACAAAACGAGAGGCUGAGGAACGUUUAAAUGAGGGUCUGGAAAAGCUUCAAGAAAUUUUUAAACGUGAAGGAAAGGCAGUUGAUGAAUUAUUAAAUAUUGCCAAGACUUUGCGGGCGAUGCCAGUGGUUGAUUUGGAAACACCAACUCUUUGUCUUGUUGGAGCUCCUAAUGUUGGAAAGUCAUCCUUGGUCCGUAUACUUUCAACAGGGAAGCCUGAGGUUUGCAAUUACCCUUUCACAACUAGAGGAAUUUUAAUGGGCCAUAUUUCUUUUGACUUCAAGUAUUUUCAGGUGACAGACACCCCUGGAUUACUGAAGAGAUGUGAUGAGGAGAGGAACAAUUUGGAAAAGUUAACACUUGCUGUCCUCAGACAUUUGCCAACAGCAAUACUCUAUGUCCAUGAUCUCACUGGAGAAUGUGGGACCCCAGUUUCUGAUCAGUUUGAGAUAUACAAAGAAAUUAAAGAGAGAUUCAGCAAUCAUCUUUGGCUUGAUGUUGUCUCUAAAUGUGACCUCUUGCAAGAGUUGCCUGUUAUCUUCAUUGCAGAAGAUAGCAAUGGUGGUCAUUUUGAAAUGGCCCGGUACAGUAAAAUUGGACCCAGUGGGGCAAUCCAUGUGUCAGCAAAAAGCAGAGAAGGGCUUGAUGAGCUAAAAGCUAAAGUGCAUGAUCUACUGGUUGCCCAAAUGGAGAGGAUCAGAGUUUUGCAGCAGCAUCCCUUGUGCCUGAAGCUGAGAGUGAGAGCAUAUUCCACCACAAAAUAAUUCAUGGCUGCACCAUUUCGAAUAAUGGUGGUGAUAGAUACUGAAGUUUCUGCAUCGAUAGCAUAUG